AUGGACAAUGAUGAACCUCUUGAGCCUGAGACAAAAGAUGAAAGGGACAGUGUGUCCACGCCGCAGAGCAGUGACGAAACACUCUACUGUGAGGCUGAAGCCCCCGUGGCUGUUGAAAAAGAGAAACCAGCCCAGGAGAGCUCAGAGACAGAUCUUGAGAUCGAAGAUACCGAGAGAUUUUUCACCACUGGACAAAAGGAGCUGUACCUGGAGGCCUGCAAACUGGUGGGCGUAGUGCCCGUCUCCUACUUCAUCCGGAACAUGGAGGAGUCCUACGUGAACCUCAACCACCAUGGGCUGGGCCCCAACGGAACCAAGGCUAUUGCUAUAGCCCUGGUGUCCAACACGACUGUCCUCACGCUGGAGCUGGCGGACAACUGCAUCAUGCAGGAGGGCAUCCUGAGCCUGGUGGAGAUGCUGCAGGAAAACUACUACCUGCAGGAGAUAAAUGUUUCCGACAAUGAUCUCGGCUUGGAGGGGGCCAGAAUCCUCUCCGAGUUCCUCCAGAAUAACACCUCUUCGCUUUUCAGUCUUCAGCUUUCAGGAAAUAACUUCAAGGAAGAAUCUGCAGAACUGUUCUGUCAAGCCUUGUCGAACAAUUACAGAAUUAAAUCACUGGAUCUCAGUCACAACCAAUUCUGUGAUAAGGCAGGCGAGUACCUGGGGCAGAUGCUAGCCAUCAAUGUAGGGCUCCAGUCACUGGAUCUGAGCUGGAACCACCUCUACAUCCGGGGAAUGGUGGCCUUAUGCAAUGGUCUCCGGUCUAACGUGUCGCUGAAGAAACUCGAUCUCUCCAUGAAUAGCUUUGGGAACGAGGGGGCUGCGGCCCUAGGGGAGGUCCUCAGACUCAACAGCUACCUGACCUACCUAGACCUCAGCAGCAACAACAUCACCAACGACGGGCUCUCCAAAAUCAGCAGAGCCCUGGAGUUGAAUGAAAGCCUCAAAGUUCUGAAGCUCUUCCUGAACCCCAUAAGUAUGGAUGGGGCUGUGCUACUUAUCCUGUCCAUCAAGAGGAACCCCAAAUCCAAGAUGGAGGAUAUUGACAUUUCUAAUGUGCUGGUGUCCGAGCAGUUCGUGAAAAUACUGGAUGGGGUGUGCGCCAUCCACCCCCAGCUGGACGUGAUAUACAAGUCAGUGCAAGCCCUCUCGGCCAAGAAAACCCCCUUCACGUGGACGAACCCUGUGAAACUGAUCCAGAGCUACGCAGACCAAAACAAAAUCUCCAUCCUGGACUUCUUCAGGAGCCUGAACCCUAGUGGAGAGUUGAUGAUGCCUGUGGGCGAGUUCCGGAAAGCCAUGAUACAGCAGAACAAGGUCCCCAUAAACCGGUACCAAGUCAGGGAGCUGAUAAAGAAGCUGGGCGAGAAGACAGGCAUGGUGGACUUCAGUUUCUUGACAAUGACGAGGUCAUAGCAACACGUCCGGUCUGGAAAGAAGUCUCAGCGACAGAGAACUCCUGGCACGUCUACUGGUGGCAGGGGAGGAGGCGGAGAGCUGGCUGAAACCUCGGUGGACAGACCCCAA